AUGCAACGACAACAACCACUAAUUCAGAUGACCACCUUCACCGCGCAUUCGGAUGAAGUCCUAUGUUGUCGCCUUGGACUUGCAUCGGGGAGGCUGCUGGUGACCGGUGGGGUUGAUGAAAGAGUUAAUGUAUGGCGAAUUGAGAAGACUGGCAACUCCGCAGUGAUGUCGCUCAGUGGUCACAACAGCGCGGUGUCGUGUGCUGUGUUCGACCGGCAAGAAAAAAUAAUCGCUUCCGGUUGCACAGGUGGCGGCAUCAAAGUCUGGGACGUGGCUUCGUCGGAACUAGUUGCCUCCCUGCCCGGCCACAAAACGGAAUGCACUACAGUAGAGUUCCACCCUUACGGGAGCUUCUUUGCUACGGCAUCUGCUGACACUAAUAUCAAGGUAUACGUUAGAUUUUCCCCACACGGCAAGUGGCUGGUCGGAGGCGGUAGUGACGGCUCUGUAAGGCUGUGGGAUCUCAGCGCUGGGAAACUGUUGAAGGAUAUGGAGGACCCCCACAGAGAUGCUGUUACCGCCUUGGACUUUCACCCUGCUGAUUUCUACUUGGUUUCGGGCUCCAGCGAUAGAACUUGCAAGCUGUGGAACUGCGAUACUUUCUCUAUUGCUGGUAGUAUCUAA